AUGUACUUCUUCCUCAGUCAGCUCUCCCUCAUGGACCUCAUGCUGAUCUGUACCAUUGUGCCAAAGAUGGUGGCCAACUUCCUGUCUGGUAGGAAGUCCAUCUCCUUUGUGGGUUGUGGCCUACAGAUUGGCCUCUUUGUCUCUUUCCCAGGAUCUGAGGGACUCUUCCUGGGACUCAUGGCUUAUGGUCGCUAUGUGCCCAUUAGCCACCCACUUCACUAUCCCAUCCUCACGAACCAGAGGGUCUGGAUCUGGAUUACGGGGAGCUCUUGGGCUUUUGGUAUAAUAGAUGGCAUGAUCCAGAUGGUGGUGGUAAUGACCUUUCCCUACUGUGGCUUGAGGGAGGUGAACCACUUCUUCUGCCAGACACAUCUCAACACACUCACUGAGCCACAGGCGCCGCCCAACACAUCCCUUUUUGACACCCUGCUCUUUGCUUGCUGUGUCUUCAUGCUGCUCCUUCCCUCCUCCAUCAUCAUGGCCUCCUAUACUCGCAUUCUGGGGACGAUGCUCCAAAUUCACUCUGCUCAGGCCCGUAAAAAGGCUCUGGUCACGUGUUCCUCCCACCUGACAGCUGUCUGCCUCUUUUGGGGGGCAUCCAUGUUCAUCUACCUGAGGCCUAGGUGCCACCAGGCCCCCAGUCAUGACAAGGUGGUCUCUGUCUUCUACACAGUCCUUAGGCCUAUGCUCAACUCCCUCAUUUACAACUUAAGGAACCGGGAUGUGGUAGGGGCCCUGAGGAAGGGGCUGGACCGCUGCAGGGUUGGCAACCAGCACUGA